CAACAAUACAGAGUUAGAAUAGAAAUGGAACGCUAGCAGCGGGGAGCCGACUGGUCAUUAGCUAAGUUAGCUUUCCUGUGUUUUUGUGUCGUUCUGUCGUUGUGUUUUGCUUAGGUUUGCUUUUCGUUAGUUAUUAAGCAUGCAAACCUAAGCAGUUUAAGUCAUUUUAAAGUGACUAAACACGCACAGCGCAUUAGAGUUACGAGGAGCUGCCAUUCAACCUAAAACUGAAUCAUUCUAAUGUUAAUUGCUAAGCUAAUGUACCUGGAGCGUGACGCUGGUUGCCUGACAACGGUCUGUUAAAGAGAGACAGUCAACUUGCAGUUCAUGUCAGUGACUGGCGGGAUGUGCUGAACCCUAUUAAAUACACAGAUUUAUCAUUUGUUCUCACUGCAGUGGUUGUGACUAUAAGCGGGAUGUGACUGUUUGUGCUUCCAGCCCGGUUGUGUAACCGUGCCGGAUGGAAAUGGACGAUGAGCUGGAGAAUUUCAUCAGAGAACGCAAGGCAAGAGUGGCAGCGGAUAAAGCCUGUCUACAACAAGACCCCCCAUACAUGGAAAUGAAGGCAAAGCCCGACAGAGGCUUUGGGUAUACUGUUAAGGAGAACAUCCCGCCUAAGUCUAAAGCAGAGGGAAAAGAGGAGAGCUGCAGUAUAGGUCUGCCCCUUGGUGUGGAGUAUGAGAGGAAGAAACAGAGGCUGCAGCAGGAGCUCCGUAUGGACUACAGGCGCUACAUGGCUCAGAAAAACUACUUUGAACCUGUGGCUCUGGAACCUUUACUGCAGCGUGAUGACAUGACGCCUGUCAGGCAAGACCUGGUUGAAGACCAGACAGGUGCUGUGUCCAAACAGAAGGAUGCAGCCACUCUAACAACGGGCAGUAGGCGGUUGCACAGGCUGCUGCGCUUAGGUGAGGACGAAGAGGGGCAGUCGUCAGUACUCGCCAGGCAUCGAGACAGGCUGGGGUGGCUGGUGGGCCAGGAGUCAGAGGAGGAGGAUGGUAAAGAUGAACUGGAGUUGAUAGAAGACACAAGUCGCAGACGUAUGGCAGUUAACACCAAUUCUGAAAAGAGACUAUUUACAAAGACCGAUGGCAGGGAAGAUUCAGCUGGUGUUGCCAGAGAAGGAAGGACAUCCCGAGUACGAAGCAAAACUGAAGAUGCCGAGUUUGCCACUGGUCUUUUAAUAGGAGCAGGUGAUACACGUGAGGCUCUGCAGAGGAGGAAGGAGCGCUACAGACAGGAGCUGCAAGAGCAGAUGGCUGAACAGUACCGCAACAAGAAGAGGGAAAAAGAUUUAGAGUUGAAAGUAGCAGCAACGGGAAUAAAUGACCCUGAGAAACAGCCGGACCGAAUCAGGCAGUUUGGACUGAGCAGAAGAAAAGGUUCCCAGGUUUCAGAGCCUUUUCCAACAGGUGAUAGAAGUGCUCUGCCUCAUAUUGAGAACAUUGGUGCUAGAGAAAGGGAAAUGCCUCCUCCUGAGCAGGCUCAUGUGGCCUUCCAGUCCCCUCUGCUGGAGUACAGCUCUGCCCUGGGCUUGGGUGGAGGUGGUUUGUCUCCCAGCAGCCAGCCUGCCAUCCCCUCCUUCCCUGUGACUUCCAUGGACGUCCUUAGAUAUGCUCCAUUUCCUCCGCGCCCUCCUCCUUCAGUAAGUGACGCAUACAGAAGCCCAUACGUUGAGCCACAUCACUACUACGGCACCAGAAAUAUGCUUGGUCCAAACAUGGCCUACUAUGGUCAUAUGCCUGUUUCUGGUACUGGUCUUCCACUGCCCUACUGGAAUGUACCACCUGGGGCAGCUAUGCCCAGCCAGUUUGGGACCCACAGCCCUCACAGCCAGCACAGUGGAAGCAGCUUUCCUGAGCCUCCAGUGCAGUCUAACAGGCCGAGCAGUGAGACAGCUACUGGGGCAUCACAGCCCCAGCUUUUCCCUUCAGAGAAAUCCAGAUCAGCAGGGGAAAGGAAUUUGAGCUACAGAGAGGCUCUGAAAGAACAGGAAGCUUCCGGGAGUGGAAACAGCGAUCUUUACAACAAGAUCCAGGAGAAAGAGGCGCAGAGGCGUCGGGAGAGGGAGGAGAACGAGUGCUAUGAGGCUCAGCUGGAGGCUGACAUGAUAAACCACCAGCCCUGGGGAAGGGGUGGGGGAGGAGCUCCGCUGAGGGACAGCACUGGAAACCUCAUUGCUGACCUCAAUAAGAUGCACAAGCUGAAUGAGGAGGCUUGCAGCAACCCGGAGCAGCGGCAGAGGAGAGCCACGGCUGCCAUUGCAGCCUGCCGGACAGAGCACCUGGACCGAAACGAGAGGGUUUCUGGUUUUAACCAUGUGCACACCCCGCAGUUUGCCAGAGGCAAAGUUUUUGCCAACCAGCCCACGGAGAGACAGCUCCAGGAGCAGGAGAAGUACAAAGCUUUCCUCAAACAGCAGAUUGAGGAGAGCAGAUUGAGGAGGGCAGAGGAGAAGGAACGCCUCAAACUGGAGGAGGAGAAAGAGGAGAAGAGGCUGGCAGAGCAGAGGGCUCGCAUCCAGAGGGAGUACGAGAAGGAGCAAGAGAGGAAGAAACAAAAGGAAAUGGAAGAAAAGGCCAACAAAGAGGCGCUGGCUGAAAAGAAGAAGAAGGAAGCUGAGAGGAAGGAGAAGGAAGCAGAGGCAAAGGAAGCAGAGGAGAAGGUUAAUGCAGAACUGAGGAGGCAGUAUGAGCGAGAGAGGCAGGCACGGGUAGAAGAGGUCAACAGGGUACCCUCACCUCCAAUCCCCACUCUGCAGAAGAAAUGUGACCAGUAUACCCCUAGACCUCCCACUGGUGACAGCCAGCUCUCUACAGUCCCAUUAUCUGAGCGGUCUUUGUCUGGUCUGCAGUCCCCUCCCGUCCCUGCUUGUAGGAACCAGCUGCAGGCUGCAGGAGGCCCUGAUUAUUGGUUCAGUGAUCUGUCAGGACUGCGUCAGCAGCUUCUCAAUGAAAAAAAACAGCUGGAGGAGGGAGAUAGGCAGCAUUUAGACUCUCGUCUGAGUAGCAGGUGUUCCAAUUUGUCCAGAAAUCGUGAGCGUCCAGUGGUGGAUGUGUUUGAUUUGGCCAGGCGGAAUCUCCAGGCUCCAGUUCGAAGGGCUAACUCCAGAAAUACAGAGCCACAAAACUUGCUGCGAAUUCACGACUCCCUUCACCCCAAAUACAGAGAUGGAGAAUUUAGGCUGGGCUCCAGCAAUGAUCCUAAACUAGAGGAAGUGGGUGUGACCAGCAGAAGGAGGCGGGACUACAGGGAUUAUCGCCAGUUAAGCAGCCAGAGGUCUACAGUCCAGGAUGAUUAUUUGGACCUGUCCCCACCACAGCAAAAAGAUCUUCUGAGGAGCGAGACCAGGGGAUCUGCAAGAGGUUCUCUGUUGGAGUCAGAGAGCGCUUUCAUUGAUCUCCUAGGCGAUGGCUCAUCAGUGCCGUACACUGCAGAACCUGAGAAGACUCGUCAGCUGUCAGCCAGGGAGAGGAGGAGGCUUUCCAAACACUCCCGGCUCCCACAGGAACGAGCUGCUUCUAGCCAGCCUAUUGGUCACGCAGCUAACAGGCAGCGGCGAGAUGUAGAGCUUGGCGGAGAGUGGGGAAACGGGAACAGGACGGGUCAUCUAAAGGCUCUCAGUUGUCGUGGCAACACAGCUGGACCACUGGAUCUGUCUGACGACGACUCCUCCCCUCCACAGUUUUCUCCUCACGAUCUUAAUCAUCAGGGCUCUGUAGAAACCGUCAGCACUGAUCGUUGGAUGCGGCCGGGAACAUCGGACACACUGAAAAGUUUGGGCCGUCUUUUGAGAAGGGAGCAGCCUGCAACGUAGGACCUUGUCCCCCCCCCCCCCCCCCCGAGCUUUGGAGGUUCCUUCUGAUUUUGACUACAUGCCUCAAUCCAAACUAGCUCUCACUGAAUUGUGAGAUCACAGUUGUCUUUAAUUUAUUGCAUUUGUAAAAGAUGAAUGUAAAUUACUGUCAGGAAAAUGAUUUUUUUAAAAACUCAUUGUUUACGUAAAAACCUCAGUAUUUUAAUCCUUAGUGAGAGCCUUUGUGUUGUUAUAUUAUUAUUUUAUUGACUAAAGCUUUAAAUAAAUUAUAUUUUAGUUUUA